CAACUGAGGAAGCUAAAAAAAAAACAGCAAGUGUCGUUAGCUCAUAGUUUGUGGAAACAAAGAAGUGAAAAUGGGUGUGAUGAGUGGCCACUGCUGCGCCGUUGUAUCACACAAACCCUACCUCUCUCUUUCUCCUCCCAAUCUCCGCCAUUCACCUCCCAUUUCCUCCGUUUCUUCUUCGCCAUUUCCACUCACUACUAUAUCAUGCCAUGCCACUUCUGCUCUCUCCGCCGAAUCUCCUCUCACCGAAAAAGUUGGAAAUGGGUUGAAAGAUUUUCUUCACAUAGAUGAUUUUGAUAAGGACACUAUUUUUAAGAUAUUAGAUCGUGCUAUUGAGGUCAAGACAUUGCUGAAAUCAGGGGACAGGACAUUUCGACCUUUUGAAGGGAAGACAAUGUCAAUGAUAUUUGCUAAACCGUCCAUGAGAACAAGGGUUUCAUUUGAGACUGGCUUUUCAUUGUUGGGUGGCCAUGCUAUUUACUUAGGACCUGAUGACAUUCAAAUGGGUAAGCGAGAGGAGACUCGUGAUGUUGCUCGAGUUUUGUCUCGUUAUAACGACAUUAUCAUGGCUCGGGUUUUUUCUCAUCAGGACAUACUUGAUCUUGCAAAGUAUGCAACUGUCCCAGUCAUCAAUGGUUUGACAGAUUACAACCAUCCCUGCCAGAUCAUGGCUGAUGCCCUUACUAUGAUUGAGCAUGUUGGUCGAUUUGAAGGAACAAAGGUUGUUUACGUUGGAGAUGGAAAUAAUAUUGUCCACUCAUGGUUGUUGAUGGCAGCUGUAAUCCCUUUUCACUUUGUUUGUGCUUGUCCAAAAGGUUUUGAACCUGAUGCAAAAACAGUUGAGAAGGCAAGGAAGGCUGGAAUCAGCAAGAUUGAGAUAACUAAUGAUCCAAAAGAAGCUGUUAAAGGAGCUGAUGUUGUGUAUUCAGAUGUAUGGGCCAGCAUGGGGCAAAAGGAAGAAGCUGCAUACCGUCGCCAAGUGUUCAAAGAAUUUCAGGUGGAUCAAAGUCUUAUGGAUGCGGCUGGUUCAAAGGCAUUUUUCAUGCACUGCUUACCAGCUGAGCGAGGGGUGGAAGUGACUGAGCAAGUUGUUGAAGCUCCAUAUUCAAUAGUAUUCCCUCAAGCUGAGAACCGAAUGCAUGCACAAAAUGCUAUAAUGCUCCAUGUACUCGGCAAGUAGCCGGUUAGAUGAUAUAUUGGUCUGUGAAAUGUCUGUGUACACUUGCAAUAAAUUGUUUCCGACAUUAGGUUAGUGUUCACUUGUAAUAGUUGGUUUUAGGCUUCGGGAGCAUAUAAAGUUGAAAUUUGAGUUGAUUUUGUAUUAUCACUAGCCACUGAAGGGCAGCUGAAUCUUUUGAAAAUGCUAGUAUAAAACCCAGUUUUCCAAUUUUAAGCUAUCAACCA